UGCCGACUGGGCCCUAACACACGUUACUUCCAUGCAGUGACGAAUUUAUGGACGUUUCUGACAUAAAAUGACAGACUACGGCGAGGAGCAGAGAAAUGAACUGGAAGCAAUCGAGUCCAUCUAUCCAGACUCAUUCACAGUGCUUUCUGAAGAACCCACAAGCUUCACCAUCACAGUGACCUCAGAUGCAGGAGAAAAUGAGGAGACGGUGGAGGUGACCCUCAAGUUUACAUAUGUGGAGAAAUAUCCGGAUGAGUCGCCUCUCUGGGAGAUCGCCUCACAGGAGAACCUGGAGGAUUCAGACACGGAAGUCAUCCUUACACUUUUAAAGGAGCAGGCCGAAGAAAACCUUGGAAUGGUUAUGAUAUUCACAUUAGUGACAGCCGUGCAGGAGAAACUCAAUGAAAUAGUUGACCAGAUUAAGAGCCGACGAGAAGAGGAGAAUCUAAGAAUAGAAAGGGAGGCUGAAGAAGCUGAGAAGUGUGCAUUCCAAGGCACUGUGGUCACAAUUGAGAACUUCUUAUUAUGGAAAGCAAAUUUUGACCAAGACAUGGCAGAACUAAAUAGCAAAAAGCAGAAAGAUGAAGAGCUGUCAGGAAAGCUAAAACUCACAGGAAAGCAGCUCUUUGAGACCGACCAUAAUCUUGACACAUCAGAUAUCCAGUUCCUGGAGGAUGUUGGAAACAGUGUGGAAGUGGAUGAGUCACUAUUUCAAGAUAUGGAAGAUUUGGACUUGGACGAGGAUGACCCAGAUUUCAACCCGCUGGAUCUGGGCAGUGAUGAAGACUGAAGUGCGUUACCUUUUAACGUGAAUAGAAAAUACCAACAUCCUCUGUAGCGGUCUUGUGGAGCAGGGCUUCAGCUCAAACAUUCUGAACAUAAACUUUUCAGUCACUACAACCGAAGAUGAUGCGUAUUUUACAGUAUAUGUCAAACAUAUCACAAUUUGUACAAAUAUGCCAUUAAAAUUAGUUGAUCCAUUUA